CAUAGAUACAGAGGUACAGUGUUCAUGCAACGGUGGAUGGAACUCUGCCUCUUCUUGUGUAGCAUAAAAGAAAAGCCUACAGACGAGAGAGGCAUUGCUCUUUGUUAUAAACCCAUCAGCAUUUAACAACUGCUGGCGGCGAGCAGAGGUCAGUGAAGGAGUUUCACUUCAUGAUCACUGCUUGUAGUUGAGCACAAAGAAACCGCAGAGACUUCCACAUCCUUCAGUGAGAAGAAAGAAACCAGCAGAGCAGGAUUAAUACAGGCUUGUUUCUGGUGGCCUUUUUGUACAAAGGCUGCUUUCGAGGGGGGGCAGAAAGAAAGAAACACCGUGAUAUUUAACGAGCCGUGAAAUGAAGCGCUGCUGCUGGUGCUGCUUCUCCUGCUAACCCUCAGAUUCCAAGAUUCAUCUGCUCUUCAUUGUGCUUAAUAUACAUGUUUCUGCACCGUGCAUUUAGAAGAUCCCAGAAAGGAAUUCAAAACGGCUGCCGGGGAAAGGCCACCAAACAUGCCUACAGAAACACUACAGACAGGUAGCAUGGUCAAACCCGUCAGCCCUGCCAUCACGUUCACCUCAGCUGUUCCCCUCCGCAUUUUAAACAAAGGACCUGACUAUUUUCGCAGGCAAGCUGAGCCUAAUCCAAAAAGGCUCAGCGCCGUGGAGAGGCUGGAGGCUGACAAGGCAAAAUACGUCAAGAGCCAGGAGGUCAUCAAUGCCAAACAAGAACCGGUGAAGCCAGCCGUGCUUCCCAAGCCACCGGUGUGCCCUGCAGCUAAACGGGCCUUGGGCAGCCCUACCUUGAAAGUGUUCAGCAACAACGUAAAGACAGAGAGUGGCGUCCAGAGGGAGACCCUAAAGCUAGAGAUUUUGAAAAAUAUCAUCAAUAGCUCAGAGGGCUCCAGUUCAGGCUCAGGGCACAAACAUAGUUCACGAAACUGGCCUCCCCACAGAUCUGAUUCUGGAGACCUACACCGGCAUUCAUUUGCAGAAUCCUUAAAGGUUUACCCCACCCAAGGCCGUAGCAGUCCUCAAGAAAGCAACUCCAGUGUGAGUCGAAGGCUACUGCAACAGUCGCCUGAGUCAUUCUUGCACGUUUCUCAUAGCUCCUCAGACAUUAGAAAAGUAUCUAGUGGCAAACCCUUAAAAGCAAUACCAUGCAGUAGUUCAGCUCCACCUCUGCCUCCCAAACCCAAGAUUGCCGCCAUCACCACGUUGAAAUCCCCAGAGAUGGACACGGUAGAAUCCAGUUGUGGAGUCAGCAGGCGACCUUCCUUACAGCGAUCAAAGUCAGACUUAAGUGACAGAUACUUUCGAGUCGACGCUGAUGUUGAAAGGUUCUUUAAUUACUGUGGACUGGAUCCUGAAGAGCUUGAAAAUCUUGGGAUGGAAAAUUUUGCAAGGGCUAACUCUGACAUUAUCUCUCUCAAUUUUCGCAGUGCAAGUAUGAUAAGUUCAGACUGUGAACAGUCUCAGGACAGCAACAGUGACCUUAGAAAUGAUGACAGUGCCAAUGACCGCGUGCCAUAUGGUAUUUCUGCAAUUGAAAGAAAUGCCAGAAUCAUCAAGUGGUUAUAUAGCAUCAAGCAAGCCAGAGAAUCACAGAAAGUGUCCCAUGUGUGAGUGAAUCUGCAGGGGGGACGAGGAAAGACUGUAUCUUUGUGAAUAUUCAGUUGUGAAGGGUUGUGAAGUCUACUUGAAGUCUUAAUACACUUCUCAGAUCUCUUUUUGUGUUGCUUGUUGUGCAAUGUUUUCAAGUUGCAUGCCUGUCAACAUGUGAACUGACCUGGCUUCCACUUGAACAAUAACUAGCUACAGAGCCUGGCUAAGCAUACACACAUUAUCUGCCAAAAGUUUAAGACCAGAAUCUAAAUAGGGCUUUGUUUUUGAAUAAAUUGUUUACAUUAAAUGGUUAUAUGGCUUCUUUUUAAUAGUUCUGUAGCCCCUUGUGUGUGUUUUUUAUACCUUACCAGUUUUUGUGUCUUAUGCACAGAUAUAGUUAAGACGCAGGUAUCUUUUCAACUUAAAUCAAGAUUUUAAAAGAGGAGGAAAUGCCAAAAUAGAACCUAGAAGAGUAUAGUACUCUGUGGAUCAAAUGAACUAUCUAUAAAUUGAAAUGUGUAAUGUAAUUCGGUGGUUUUUAAAGUUGUUUUCUGUUUAAAUUUUCUCAUUGAAGGCCCCCAUGCCAGCACUCCCACACGUGACCUUUUUACAAGCUCUUAACAGUAGUCUACAAAGGUCUCUCAAACUUUAUAAACUACUCUUGCAGGUAUUUUAUGUAAAAAGAAGUGUCAUGGCUUGGUUUCACUAAUCAAGGAGUAUUUUUUUAAAAAAAUGGCUGACACGGUGACCAAUGAUAAUGAUGGGUGGCAUUUUAAAAGAAGAUUCCUUGUCUUAAACUUUUGACAGGAAUUGUUAGAUCCUGUUUGCUGAUCUCGAAUGCCUUUAACUAGACAAAGCACAUCCUGAUUAGAAGCUCCUGUUGCUGACUACUUUUUUUUGUAGAUCUGUUUGAGCAGUUCAUGAACAGAAAAUGGAAGUACACAGCCAUAUCAGUAUAAGAGCCUCUUAUCCAUAAGUCGAACACACUCAAUAUAGCUGAACUAUAUCUGAGAAAUUGUGAUUAUGUUGUCUUAAAUAUGUUAUAUCUUAAGGCUGUGGAAGCUUGUUACAGCUCUAGGAAACUGUAGAAACAUGACAGUAUGUAGCUUUUUUUCUGUUUUGUCCCCCUCUCUUCUCUUCCUCUCCUUGCCCUCCGAUGUUUAGUGCUGCACGUCAAUCUGUUACACUUUUUUCUUUUCUUCUCUUUUCUUUUACAAUCUUGUGUCUUCCCAAUGGUUUAACUGUCAUGCCAACGUGACAGUUGUGGUGCGUAGCAAAGAAGUUGAAAGUGCAGUGGUCUGCUUCAUUAUUACAAUUAUUAUUAUUAUUAUUAUUAUUAUUAUUAUUAUUCAUGCUUUGAAGUACUUUGCAGCACUAUCUUAUACUUCAUCAGCUAAUAUGAAACUUUUUAUUGUGUAAAUGCUGUAAGACUUUGUACAUAUUUCAGUUCUUACGAGAUCUUUAAAAAAAGUGUUAUGCUAAUAAAUAGCUCU